CGCCGGGAGGGAGUGGCCGAGCUCCCGCCGCAGCCCGCGCUCCGCGGCGCCCGCACUCCGCUCGCCGCCCAGCGCGCACCGCAGCCCCGGCGCCGCGCGUGGAGGACGGAGCCCGAGCGCAGGGGGCGCAGCUGCGGGACAGCCUCCCGGGACCUGCACCCUCCCGGUGGCCCGCGUCCCGGCGCCGCGGAGAGAGGACGACGAGGAGGCAAGGGCGCCCGGCAAGCUGGGGACUAUGGCCAAGAUGGAGGUGAAGACGUCCCUGCUGGACAACAUGAUCGGCGUGGGCGACAUGGUCCUCUUGGAGCCCCUCACGGAGGAGACCUUCAUCCACAACCUCAAGAAGCGCUUCGACCACAACGAAAUCUACACCUACAUUGGGAGUGUGGUCAUCUCCGUGAACCCGUAUCGCUCUCUGCCCAUCUACUCCCCGGAGAAAGUGGAGGAUUACAGGAACAGGAACUUCUACGAGCUGAGCCCUCACAUCUUUGCCCUGUCGGAUGAAGCCUACCGGUCCCUGCGAGACCAAGACAAGGACCAGUGCAUCCUCAUCACCGGGGAGAGCGGAGCUGGAAAGACAGAAGCCAGCAAGCUGGUCAUGUCCUAUGUGGCGGCAGUGUGCGGGAAAGGGGCGGAAGUCAACCAAGUCAAGGAGCAGCUUUUACAGUCCAACCCGGUCCUGGAAGCUUUUGGAAAUGCCAAGACCGUCAGGAAUGACAACUCCUCUCGAUUUGGCAAAUACAUGGAUAUCGAGUUCGACUUUAAAGGUGACCCCCUGGGAGGAGUGAUCAGUAACUACCUUCUGGAGAAGUCGCGCGUGGUCAAGCAGCCGCGGGGCGAGAGGAACUUCCACGUCUUCUACCAGCUGCUCUCCGGCGCCUCCGAGGAGCUCCUGGAGAAACUUAAACUCGAGCGGGAUUUCAGCCGAUACAACUACUUGAGUCUGGACUCGGCCAGAGUGAACGGAGUGGACGAUGCGGCCAAUUUCAGAACCGUGAGGAAUGCCAUGCAGAUCGUGGGCUUCAUGGACCACGAGGCCGAGGCCGUCCUGGAGGUGGUGGCCGCGGUGCUGAAACUGGGGAACAUCGAGUUCAAGCCCGAGUCGCGAGUGAACGGCUUAGACGAAAGCAAAAUCAAGGAUAAGAACGAGCUGAAGGAGAUCUGCGAGCUGACGGGCAUCGACCAGGCGGUCCUGGAGCGCGCGUUCAGCUUCCGCACGGUGGAGGCCAAGCAGGAGAAGGUGUCCACCACGCUGAACGUGGCGCAGGCGUAUUAUGCCCGGGAUGCUCUGGCUAAAAACCUGUACAGCAGGUUGUUCUCAUGGCUGGUGAAUCGAAUCAAUGAAAGCAUCAAGGCACAGACCAAAGUGAGGAAGAAGGUCAUGGGCGUUUUGGACAUCUACGGCUUUGAAAUUUUUGAGGACAACAGCUUUGAGCAGUUCAUCAUCAAUUACUGUAAUGAGAAGCUGCAGCAGAUCUUCAUUGAGCUCACCCUUAAAGAAGAGCAGGAGGAGUACAUACGGGAGGACAUAGAAUGGACGCACAUCGACUACUUCAACAACGCCAUCAUCUGCGACCUGAUAGAAAACAACACCAACGGGAUCCUGGCCAUGCUGGACGAGGAGUGCCUGCGGCCCGGCACCGUCACCGACGACACCUUCCUAGAGAAGCUGAACCAGGUGUGCGCCACCCACCAGCACUUCGAGAGCAGGAUGAGCCGGUGCUCGCGCUUCCUCAACGACACCUCCCUGCCGCACAGCUGCUUCCGCAUCCAGCACUACGCCGGCAAGGUGCUGUACCAGGUGGAAGGUUUUGUUGACAAAAACAACGACCUUCUCUACCGAGACCUGUCCCAGGCCAUGUGGAAGGCGGGCCACACCCUCAUCAAGUCUCUGUUCCCCGAGGGGAACCCCACCAAGAUCAACCUGAAGCGGCCCCCGACCGCCGGCUCGCAGUUCAAGGCGUCCGUGGCCACGCUAAUGAAGAACCUGCAGACCAAGAACCCCAACUACAUCCGGUGCAUCAAGCCCAAUGACAAGAAGGCCGCCCACAUCUUCAGCGAGGCCCUGGUGUGCCACCAGAUCCGGUACCUGGGCCUCCUGGAGAACGUGCGGGUGCGCCGGGCGGGCUACGCCUUCCGGCAGGCCUACGAGCCGUGCCUGGAGCGGUACAAGAUGCUGUGCACGCAGACCUGGCCUCACUGGAGAGGGCCUGCAAGGGCUGGUGUGGAGGUGCUGUUUAAUGAGUUGGAGAUUCCUGUGGAAGAGUAUUCCUUCGGCCGAUCCAAGAUAUUCAUCCGGAACCCGAGAACGCUAUUCAAGUUGGAGGACCUGCGGAAGCAGCGGCUGGAGGACCUGGCCACACUCAUCCAGAAGAUCUACCGCGGGUGGAAGUGCCGCACGCACUUCCUGCUGAUGCGCAAGAGCCAGAUCGUGGUGGCCGCCUGGUUCCGGAGAUACGCCCAACAGAAGCGGUACCAGCAGACAAAGCGCUCGGCUCUGGUGAUCCAGUCGUACAUCCGGGGCUGGAAGGCCCGGAAGAUCUUGCGGGAGCUGAGGCACCAGAAGCGCUGCGAGGAGGCCGCCACCACCAUCGCGGCGUACUGGCACGGGACGCAGGCGCGGAGGGAGCUGAGCCGGCUGAAGGCGGAGGCUAGGAAUAAGCACGCUAUUGCCGUGAUCUGGGCUUUCUGGCUCGGAGCUAAGGCUCGGAGGGAGCUGAAGCGCUUGAAGGAGGAGGCUAGGCGCAAGCAUGCGGUCGCUGUCAUUUGGGCUUACUGGCUUGGACUGAAGGUGCGCCGGGAGUACCGGAAGUUCUUCAGAGCCAACGCAGGGAAGAAAAUAUACGAGUUCACGAUCCAGAGGAUUAUGCAGAAGUACUUCUUGGAGAUGAAAAGCAAGAUGCCCUCCUUGUCUCCCAUUGACAAGAACUGGCCGCCCAGGCCUUUCCUGUUCCUGGAUUCCACUCACAAGGAGCUGAAAAGGAUCUUCCACUUGUGGAGGUGUAAAAAGUACCGGGACCAGUUCACAGACCAGCAGAAGCUUAUCUACGAAGAGAAGCUGGAAGCCAGCGAGCUCUUCAAAGACAAGAAGGCGCUGUACCCAUCGAGUGUUGGCCAGCCAUUCCAAGGGGCUUACCUGGAAAUCAACAAGAACCCCAAGUAUAAGAAGCUCAAAGAUGCCAUUGACGAAAAGAUCAUCAUUGCUGAGGUCGUCAACAAAAUCAACCGUGCAAACGGCAAGAGCACCUCCCGGAUUUUCCUCUUAACCAACAACAACCUCCUCCUCGCCGAUCAGAAGUCCGGCCAGAUCAAGUCGGAGGUGCCCCUGGUGGACGUGACCAAAGUGUCCAUGAGCUCGCAGAACGACGGCUUCUUCGCCAUCCACCUCAAGGAGGGCUCCGAGGCGGCCAGCAAAGGGGACUUCCUCUUCAGCAGCGACCACCUGAUCGAGAUGGCCACCAAGCUCUACCGGACGACUCUCAGCCAGACCCGACAGAAGCUCAACAUCGAGAUUUCCGAUGAGUUCCUGGUGCAGUUCCGACAGGACAAGGUGUGCGUGAAGUUCAUCCAGGGCAACCAGAAGAACGGGAGCGUCCCCACGUGCAAGCGGAAAAACAACCGUCUCCUGGAAGUGGCGGUUCCUUAGCGGGCGCCCCCACCCCCGCCCCGCCCCCUCUGCGCGCAUGGACUCGUUUCUUUGUAAUAGUGCAAUUUGGUUUGGUUUGGUUCGGGCUCAUCAUAUGUUUGGGAAUUGUCCAAGGCUGAUACCAUUAGAGCCCCUUGGCGAAAUAAAAACACUCGACUAAUCACUUUUUAUUGAAUCGUUUUAACCCUGAGGGCACACCUCCUGUGCGUGACCCCGGGACCGGACUGCAGUGGCGACUGUGUCCACAGCGUGUCCUCUGUUCAGUCCUCGAGUUAGAUCUGUGCACCCCAAGCCCGCAUAUUACUCAUACAUCACUAACGCAUCUAAGGAUAGGGAGCGGUCUUAAGGACGGCUCGUUCACUCAUCAGCUAUUUAUUGAAGGCCUCCUCGGCGAGACUCUGUGCUCGAUGGUAGGGAACGUCAGUGGGAAUUUUUGUUUGUUUGCUUUUAAGGCCGUGGCAUCCUGGCUGAUUGUGGGGGUUUUGUGGAGACCAGAACAGUCCCUGUUGCUGAUGGGCAGCGUGAUGCGGAAGCCCUGGUGUGGUUUCGACACUAUGCCCUUCGAGAAGGGCUGGUCCUAGAAAGGAGAAAUGUACAACUGGGUAACAUGCCUCCGCGUGUGAAAAGAGGAAACUGACAUUUGAACGGGACUUUUCAUUGGUUUCGACCUCUUGUCAUGGCUUAGGAAACAGUCAUUCUUCCUUUAGGGGAAAAAAAAAAUGACAGGAGCAGCUCAGUAAGGUUAUAUUUUCCAUUUCUGGUAGACAGCAUGUGUGAUCCUACAGCAUGGGCAGGGUGUUGUUUCACACAAAUCUGAACAAAUCCUUUCAACAGCUGACUAAAGGGAGGGCUGGGGUCCUUUCAGAUGGCGGCAAACGUUCUGUAUGAUGUGCAAUAAGCAUCCAAGAUCUUGGGGGGUUUUUUUUUGGAAAGUUUUAUUUAUAAAAUACAUUUUGUAUGAGAGAGGUGACUGGUGCAGGGGGCAUAUUUUAAUCAAGGAUCAAAACUGUUCACUUGCAGAACUUCUUUUCUUUUUUCAAAUUUACACUACAGACUCGUUUUGGAAGCUGCCUUUUAAACUUUGGAACCAAAUUGUUUCCCAUUUGGAGGAUAAUGUAUAUGCCACGGUCUGUUAAAUAAUAAAACUGUUCUAAUCUGGUGCCA